AACCAAACUUAGAGUUCAUGUCUCAAAAUCCAGAAGUUCGCCUGACCUGUGAACAGGGAUGGCUCAUUGCUGCUAUCAACUUUGCUAGCUUUGGAACUCCUGAAGGACAUUGCGGCACAUUCAGUCCAGGGAAUUGUCAUUCUGACAUGUUAACCAUCGUUCAGAAGGCUUGCUUUGGCCAAGAAGGAUGUUCAAUCCCCAUAUCAGCAGCCAAACUUGGAGACCCUUGUCCUGGAGUUGUAAAACGCUUCGCGGUUGAAGCUCUAUGCAGUGAACGAUUCCAGUUGCUGCUCUGAUGGAAGAGAGCACUAUAAUGGCUCUUCAAUGACAACUCUCCGGCUCUCCAAACUUGUUUUUAAAUUUGUGAUUUUGAGGGUUAUGCAUAUUUCUGGAAUAAGGAUUUCAC